AUGAAUCCACACGAUCGUUCGUCCGUUUCGUCAGAUAAUGAUCAAAAGGUGGACGCUGGUCCCGCGACCCCCCAGCUUCGCGACGAGCCCCACCAUGUGCCUGCGGUUGUUCCUGAUGUUGAACGCAAUCCAGGUGUGGCUCGCGUUGAAGCACUGCAUCGCCACUUGGGUGGUCUCUGGCGAUGGACGCUCUAUAUCAGUAUCGGAGCGCUCGCUUACAUCUACUCGCUUGACCAAAACACAACCUCAAACUAUCUUCCUCUGGCUACGAGCUCAUUUGGUCAACACGCGUUCAUUGGUACCAUUGGCACAGCCGAAGGCAUUAUAACCGCGGUAGGAAAACCAUGCAUUGCUAAGAUUGCAGAUUUGUUUUCUCGUCCAACUGCAUAUAUCGUCGUUCUUAUCUUCUAUGUAGUGGGCUACAUUCUUGUUGCUUCUGCGCAGACUGUCUACGCGAUUGCCGGAGGAAUGGUCUUGUACACAGUUGGGCAUACUGGCCUUGAUUUGGUCACCGAUAUCAUCAUCGCUGAUAUCACACCGCUCAAAUGGCGUGGGUUUGCGACAGCGCUCCCUUCAGCUCCCUUCAUUCUCAAUGCAUUCAUUUCUGCUGAAAUUGUCACCGGCGUGACUAAUGGUCCUGGCUGGCGUUGGGGAUAUGGAAUGUUUGCCAUCAUUGUCCCGGCAGUUAUGGUACCGGCCAUUAUCACUCUCUUUACUGCUGAUCGCCGCGCUAAGAAAAAUGGGGAGCUCGCAUUCGGUGCUAGUCCAAACGAACGCCGUCGCAUUGAAAAAACUGAUGAAGCUGCUGUCCCUCGUCAACCUUUGUGGCUUCAGUUCAAAGACGUCGCUAUCAAGAUGGAUCUCUUCGGACUUGUAUUGAUUGGUUUCAUCUUUGGGUUGAUUCUUUUCCCGAUCAGCUUGGCCAAGACUGUUCGCGGAGGAUGGUCGAAUCCAAGCAUCAUUGCAAUGAUUGUAGUAGGCGUGGUGCUUAUCCCUGUAUUCAUUGUCUACGAGCGCUUCUUCGCCCCGGUCGCCAUCAUGCCCAAACGUAUCAUCACCAACAGGGCCUUCCUUGUCGCCGUUGGCAUUGACUUUUUCUACAAUUUUUCUGGAUUCUUGCGUUCGCUUUACCUAUCCAGCUUCGUAUGGGUCGUCAAAGAUUGGAACACUCGCGAGUGGGUGUACUUUAACAACACCAUGACUAUCACCCUCUGUGUGUUUGGUCUGGUUGCUGGCUUGAUUCUUCGUUAUACUGGACGCUAUAAGUUCCUUCAAAUUGCUGGAUUAUGCAUUCGUAGCCUGGGUCUCGGACUUAUGGUAGCCGCCAACGGCGCCAUCGCGCCGACUGUCCAAUUGGUCUGGACCCAAAUUUUGAUUGGUAUUGGUGGUGCAUUUAGCGUGGUCGGCUCUCGUGUUGGCUCGCAAGCAUCCGUACCUCAUGAAGACUUGGCAUCGGUGAUCGCACUGCUCUCCCUGUGGUCAUCACUAGGAUCUUCGGUCGGGUCCGCCACUGCGACGGCUAUCUGGACUUCCGAUAUGCCAGACAACCUCGUCAAGUAUCUUCCAGGUGUGCCCGAGGCAACCAUCAAGAAGUUGUACGGUUCUAUCAGGUCGGCUAGGACUGCAGCCCCCGCCAUUCGUGAGGGAGUGAUCAAGGCAUACAGCGUUACGACUCGCCCCAUGUUCAUCGGCGCGCUUGGGCUCUCCUUUAUUUCCCUUUUGCUUGCGUUCUUAAUGCCAAACUUCUUCCUCGGUGAUACCCACAAUGCUGUGGAUGGAAAGAACGUUGCAGGGGAAGUUACCGCAGAGGCGACUGUGGGAACGAGCAACCAGCCGAUUGGAGAGCGGGCUGCAGCAGAGGCGCAGCAAGCCCGGUAG